AUGUCGCAGACCGUUACUUCACACGUCAACCCCGCGGCCCUUGACCUUGAUAUCACGACUUGGGGGACAGCUGCUAGGCCUCGAGCAUAUCACACUCAAGCGGAAGCUUCAUCUUCACAGUCAGGGGAGCUAAGUUAUCGUGAUGGGCCCGUCGAUCUCCCACUAUUCCACGGCACGAUCCCAGACCACUUUGCUUCUGUCGUAGCUGUCUGGGGGAACCGCCCUGCUGUUGUUGCCCGUUCUCCCAUCGCAGCCACCUCCAACGACACUCCUCAUGAGGCUGUCCUCACUUACACGGAGCUUGACAAGCUUUCCAAUCGGGUUGCCAACUCCCUGGCUCAGUAUGGCAUCCGCAAGGGCAUCCGUGUUGGCGUGAGUCUGGGCAACACAGCCGAGUACACCAUUCUCACAUACGCUCUCUUCAAGCUCGGCGCCGUCCUCGUCCCUUUUAAUCCGGGCUUCACCGCGAGCCAAGUCGUGUCUGGUCUGCAGCACCUGGGUGCCGAGAUGCUUAUCAUUGGUGCAGUGACCGACUUGGCUUACAAGGCUGGCAAAGGCCGCAGCAAUGAGGACCUCCUCAGAGGCGUUCUUGGCAACCUUGACAACUCCACCAUCCAGAGCGAGGCUGUUCCGUCGCUGCGUGUAGCCAUCGUACUAGACAAUCGACCUGACCACCCUGACGUCCAGUUCGAUAUCGAACGCUUCCCCAGCCUCACGCCGUACACAAACCUCCUCAACGGCUCACCCGCCCCGGUGAGGCCGUCCUCACCCCUGGAUCCCUCAGACACCAUCAACAUCCAGUUCACUUCCGGUACCACCUCCGCUCCCAAGGCCGCCAUGCUCAGUCACCGCUCCAUCCUGAACAACGGCCGCUUCAUCGCCCACCGCAUGGGCCUCGCCGCUAACGACAAGAUCGUGGUUCCCCCUCCGCUGUUCCACUGCUUCGGCUCUGUCCUCGGCUUCCUGGCCACUGCCACCACCGGUGCCUCCAUCCUCUUCUCCUCCCCGGCAUUCGACCCCGUCGCCACAGUCCGCAUGUGCGUCGACCACCAGGCCACCGGCCUCUACGGCGUCACAACCAUGUUCGUCGCCUACCUCGAGGCGAUCGAGCGCGGCGCCGCCGGCACCCCAACCACCCUCCGCAAGGGCAUCGUCGCCGGCAGCAGCGUCCCCUCCAGCCUCAUGGAGAAGAUCCAGUCCGGCUUCGGCCUCGAGGACCUCGUCAUCUGCUACGGCAUGACCGAGACCAGCCCCGUGAGCUGCAUGACCCGCCCCAACGACCCCCUCGAGCAGCGCACCUCCUCCGUCGGCACCCCCAUGCCUCACACCCAGAUCAAGAUCGUCUCCUCCAUCGACCGCAGCGUCAUCAUGCCCAUCGGCGAGCGCGGCGAGCUCGCCGCGUCGGGCUACCUCACCAUGAAGGGCUACUUCAACGACCCGGCCAAGACGAGCGAGGUCCGCAAGGACGAGGACGGCACCAUCUGGGUCUACUCGGGCGACGAGGCCGCCAUGGACAGGGACGGCUUCGUCCAGAUCACCGGCCGCAUCAAGGACCUCAUCAUCCGCGGCGGCGAGAACAUCCACCCCCUCGAGGUCGAGAACUGCCUCUUCCAGAUGCCCGGCGUCCAGGAGGCCAGCGUCGUCGGCAUAAGCGACGACCGCCUCGGCGAGUGCGUCGGCGCCUUCGUCAUCCCCCACGCGGGCUGGACCGUCAUCGAUGAGGACGACGUCCCCGGCGACCCGGACGCCCGCACCAUCUCCCGCGCCGACGUCCGCGCCUGGGUCAAGGACAAGCUCUCGGGCCACCUCGUCCCCAAGCACGUCUUCUGGGCGGACGAGUACCCCAAGACGGCGAGCGGCAAGAUCCAGAAGUUCAAGCUGCGGGACAUUGCCGAGAAGAAAUUAGAGGAGGGGUCGUAA